AUGGAAAUAUCAGGUCCAGAAGUGUGGUAUAAUAAUUUACCACAUGUAACAAAAUAUAUGAUAACUUUAAUUUUUUUAGUAACUUUAUUGAUAUCAUGUAAUUUAUUAAAUGUUAUAUAUUUUAUAUUAGAUUGGAAUUUAAUAUAUAAUAAUUAUCAUAUAUGGAGAAUUUUUCUGAACUUUUUAUUUAUUGGAAAAUUUUCACUUUCUUGGGUAUUUUUUAUGUCUUUAUUAUCUCAAUUUUCAUCAUCUUUAGAAAAAAAUACAAUUUUUACUUCUCCUGGAUCUUAUUUAUAUUUUAUUACCAUCCAAUGUAUUUUUUUAUCUUGUAUAAGUAUAUUAUUUUAUUGGCCAAGAGGUUAUCCAUUUUUAGGAAAUUCACUUUUAUUUGCUAUAAUUUAUUAUUGGUCUAGAAGAGAAGCAUGGAGUCAAGUAUCAAUUUAUUUUUUUACUGUUAAGGGUUAUCAACUUCCUUUUGCGUUAAUUUUUCUUCAUUUAAUAAUGGGUCAAUCAUUAUGGGUUGAUAUUAUGGGUUUGUUAUCGGGUCAUAUCUAUUACUUCUUUAGAGAAAUACUACCAAGAGAAGGUGGACCAAAUAUAUUAGAAAAAACUCCUCAAUUUUUUGAUAAAAUUAUGCUUAAAAUACAAGAAUUUCGUUUUAUGAAUGGAAUAAGAAGUAAUUUUUCAAACUAUGGGUAUAAUAGUAUAAAUAAUCAAAGAAAUAUAAACACAACUGGAACAAACAGAAGAGUUUUUAUUGGUAGAGGUGUUAGACUAAGUGAAAGUUAA